AUGCUGAAACGGGCGGUCUUCGGGAUCUCGCUUCCUCCGACCGAGCGGCGGCGCUCGAAGCUGGAACAACAGAAGGCGGGGAAGGCGGGACUGAAACCUUUGCGUAAGAAGCGUUUCCAGGGUCGGCAACGUCUUGAGGAGCGGGAGAGCGAUGGGUCUUCUGAGGACGAGGAGUACUUGUCGCGAGGACAGUUUUCCGGAAAAGAGGAGCUUCCGUCGUCUUCAGACCGGGAAGAGGACUCGAUUGAGGAGAGUGAAGAAGAGGCUCUCGAUUCGAGGGCCAAGCUCGCCCUCAUCAAGAAGGCGGCUGCUCUCUACGCCACAGAUCCGCACUCGUUCUUUCAAUCCAUGAAACGCCACGAUGCGGACCUGACGCAGUUUCAGAACGAGCAACGAAAGGGUAGCAGGGGAGAGAGCACGGCCAGUGGGAAGCGAGGACCUGCCGAAGGAAAACCAGCACGAGGGAGAAAGAACGAGCUCCAAAGCGAGAGAGACGAUCACAGCGCCGCGGAGACUAGCAUGUCUGACGACAGCGACGAUGAGUUCGCUCUCUACGACGCUUCUUCGUCAGACGAUCCCGAUGGCCAAGACCCCGAGGAAGACCGCGAAGAAGAGUCACAGGAACAGAACUUCAGAGGUCACUUCCAGUGCAAACUAUGUCCCAAGAAAAUCUUCAUUUUCGAGGCCGACCUUGAGCGACACCUCCAGUCCAAAAAACAUCUUCGGCGAGAAGCAGAGUGGGAGAAGGAACACGGCGUACCACAGGAACAGGAAGAAGAGUCUAAGGAGAGGGCGUCCGCGUCUUCGUCAACGAAGGAGAGAAGGAAGAAGGGAAUCAAGUCGGUGGAGGAGAGCGAUUCUGGCCCUUCUCCGUCAUCGAGGAGAAGUCAGAAGAAAGGAAGUCGCUCUCAGGGAGAUGAGUUCCCCACGCAAACCGAGGCGCCCAACGACGAGUCGCGAAGCAGAAAACACAAGAAAGCAGAAGGCCGAGACUCUCCGAAAGGCGAAGGCAGAGAGCAAGGUGAAGGUGUGACAAAGACCAGUCGCAGGAAGAAGAGACAGCGAAGAAGGACAGUUCCCGUCGAUGAGGAGGAGAUUCAGAAAAGGAAAGAGAAGUUUCAACGCAAGAAAGCGCGAAGACUGGCACGGAAGAACGGCCUUGCGGCGACCCCGGCGGCGGCGACCCCCCAAUGA